AUGCUUGUUAUCAUAGACAUCGAACCUUCGCCUAAAUUCGAUGAGUUGGUAAAGUUCAUGGUUCAAAACUCGAUCGAUUUUCAUGUCACCCACAGAAGCGUGGGGAUGCAGAAGGAAUCGCAAAUCAAAAAAACUGAGAUCGACGAGGAACAGUAUUCAUCACCAGAUUCCAUUGAAUCUACACAAAUGGAAAAUGUGGUCAGAGAAAAGCAGCCGCUAAUGGAACCAGCAGAAACAUGCCGCUCCAAAACAGAAGGGGAACUUGCGAGCUGUGCAAAAAAAGAGAUGUCAUUGAGAAAUCGACACAUGCAUAUUUUCAAUCACUUGACUUUCAAAUUAUACGAGUGCCAAGAUUGCAAACUUCGUUUUCCUCAACCAAGCCACUCUCUGAAGCACUACCAACGGGAACAUCCAACAAUUGCAGCCAAGUCGUUUGUCAGAGCUACUCUAUCAACAGAAGAGGAACUCGAAUACGAUUCGAUGAAACAACAAUGCUUUCCCGGUAGGAGACGCUUCAAUCAGGCUGGAAAAUACAUCAUUUGA